ACUCUCUUGCACUAUUGUCUUAAAUUCCACUGGAGCGAUGCCGACUAACCGAUUAUCUUCUUGGUCCUGAUGUGGCAACUAGAGCUCCUUAGCCGGGUCGUUCCCGCCUUCGGAGCCCUUGCCAAAGAGUUCUCUGAGACUGAACAACAAGACGCAACAAGGCGACGAAACGCGGAAGACUGUUACGCUGACAUAGUCAAUAUAGGACUAGCCAUAGAUAAGUCCGGUGGUGAAUGGGCUUCGGGCUUAGAUGAAAUAGACGUUACCAAGCUGUUGAUGGCGUUCGAGACACGGUUCCCAACCAGGAGGAAGCGCUUCCCAAUCGACUUUGUGGCGUGGAUACCACGUGAAACGACGGAUAUUGGACAUGGCGGCCGCGCCCAAUUUCCUCAGUUGAACGCUCUUGCCAGCUCCAUAGCAUCAGCCGGCUGGGGUGGUUAUCAUGAAUGUUACGAUAUUUUGAGUCAGACGAAAGAAAAACACACACAAUAUCUGGCUAUAUUCGGAGAAGAUGUGUCAUUGUUUCACAAGAGUGAGAGACGGGAUCCAGAUAUACGUGAGAGGUUUCUCAAAAGAGUACGAAGAGCUGCAAAACAUCUACUGGAUGUCUACUACAAAGAAGAAUCUGGAUCUGACUCUGAGAGUUUCAGCCUAUCUCAACACCCCAGCCAUGGAAUGCCAGAAUUUGCUGAUAGAGUCUAUCAUAUCCUGGAGCGACACUGGAGGUGCAGUUGUCCUCAACAAGCAAUAAGAUCAAACGGACCAAGGGAAGCGCGGCUUAGCUUGAUACGUCAUCGUCGGUUCGUACCAAAUAUCACAACACGCAUAGAUACAGGAAGAACGCCUGUUCCGGCGAAGUUUGAGAUUCUACUACCGAUUUGCAAGGACAGUGUGAAGUGGAAAGUAACAAAUGUCGAGGUUAAAAGUUCAGCAUCCGAGAUUGAUACCACAGCUUCACGAAAAGCCAUCAACUGCGACCUGUGUCAAUACAUUCGCCAAAGUGAUGACAUGACGCAAGUGGACGUUCUGAUCGAAAACGAUAAAUGUUGGCACCUGACACCAAAGCUGCAUGACGGAAUCAACUAUCACACAUCGAUGCACCCUCUUCAACAACUUUUAGGGGAUGGCCUUGGAAUCUCCUAUGUCUCGAAGUGUAAUCCUAGAGAGCAGUUGACAUUAUGCUACAUCCUCGCUGAUUCAAUGUUAUGUCUUUAUCCAGGCCCUUGGUUCCAGGCGGAAUGGAACAGCAGUACGGUGUAUUUCAUCCGCCGAAGUACAUCCACGUCGCUAGCAUUGACUUACCCUUAUAUCUCUGUGGAGCUCCAAGAUCGCAACACGCCAAGUAAGCCCCUAGAUCAUAUGCAAAUCCACACUCAUCCUGCCAUUCUUUCUCUUGGAAUCAUCUUGCUGGAGAUCGUUACAGGGACCAUGUUUAAGAGGACACAGGCGGAUACCCUAUGGGAACAGUGUAAUAAAGAUAACGCCCAGGCUUGGCAACUCUUGAAUGAACUAGAGAGGAAAGGCCGACACAAUCGCUCGAGGCAAAUUUCUUCUCGUUUGAGUCAGGUCAUCCGUGCAUGUUUGAAACUAGAGCCGCCACCCAACUUUCCGAGCAAUCGACUGUCGGAAGAGGGUCCGAUACGACACUAUAUCUUAUCAUGUAUCGUGCGCCCUUUAGCACAUGAACUCCAGGAAGGAUAUAAAGUUGCUUUAGAAGACCUCCACACAUCCUUGAUACCGGAAACAAAAAGUAAGGACUCUGAUGGCAUUGAUGCCAUGAAAAGACUGAGCCGUCGAUCAUCAGCGUCAAUCGAAGAAAUCUUUCUAAAUAACAAAGUCAAUUCAUUCAACGCCAAUACACAGCUCAGUUCUAAAGCGGAUAUCGCAACAUCGUUCGCAGUGCACCGCGAAGCUUGUUUUUGCAGGGAUCAAGAAGAAACUGUCGAAGAACAGAAGGUGAGAGCAGCCACGGCAUGGUUCGACUGGCAUAACGACGCCCUUGCUCGUAUAGCCGAGUUACGUAGCUCGGUAGCUUCAAAUACUCGACGGGUGAAGAUCGCCAUUCUAGAUAGUGGGAUCGAGCUUUCACAAGACGCAAAGGGCAUUUAUGACUUCGAGCCCCGGAUAAAAUAUCAGAGUUGGGUCGACCAAGACGUAGAGUGGAAGGAUGAGGCAGGUCAUGGCACGCACCUUGCAAGUCUUCUGCGAAAGAUCGCGCCAAAUGCAGUUGUCCACGUCGGAAGGGUUUUCAAGAACGAGCCAACUAAGAAUUCUGCAAAGAAUAUUGCCGAGGCUAUUCGAUACGCGGUAGACGAAUGGAUGGUUGACAUCAUUGUGAUGUCGUUUGGCUUUGGAGAGGAGCACGAACAAAUUGACGAUGCGAUUCAACAUGCGGCUUACAAGAAGGUUGUCAUGUUUGCAGCCGCAUCGAAUGACGGUAAAAACCGCCCAGAUGGUGUUGCUUGGCCAGCAAAAGACCACAACGUCAUCUGUGUUCACUCAGGGGAUGGGAACGGCGCCCACUCAUCCUUUACGCCCAGCCCAAAAGACAGCAUGAGAAUCAUGGUACUAGGGGAAUGCGUCAAGUCUGCGUGGCCACCGCAUCUAAAGUGCAAUGGAGACCAUCGACUAAUGAGUGGCACGUCUUGCGCAGCACCUAUAGCCGCCGGAAUCGCAGCACUAAUCCUAGACUAUGCCCGAGGCUUUCUAGAUGAACAAGAAUGGGAGAAACUCCACCGAACGACUUCGAUGCUGCGUAUGUUUGAGAGAAUGAAGGACGAUCACUCAGCUGAUGGGUACUGGUGGAUCAAGCACUGGCAGUGGUUCGACACGAAUAAGACUGAAGGUUGGAUACAAGGAGAGAUCAAAGGCGUUCUAUGACAUGCAGUGCAUAUAUAUACCCUGGUAUGUUUUUGCAUUAUCCG